AUGGAAGCGGGUCAGGCGGCGGACGGAGGCGCGCUGGCGGUGGUGGCGUCGGUGGCGGCGGCGACCGGCGGGAGACCAGGAGUCGCGGGGGGAGGCCGGGAGCCGGAGGGCCUGCCGUGCCCGCGCUGCGAGUCCGUCAACACCAAGUUCUGCUACUACAACAACUACAACCUCUCCCAGCCGCGCCACUUCUGCCGGGCCUGCCGCCGCUACUGGACGCGCGGGGGCGCGCUCCGCAACGUCCCCGUCGGCGGCGGCACGCGCAAGGCCACCCCGGCGACCCGCCGCAAGCGCACCGCCGGUGGCACGCCGCCCGCUCCCGCGCCCGCGCCCCUGGUGGCGGCCCUGCCUCCGCUCACGAUGUCGGGGCCCCACGGCGCGCUGCUGCGGCAGUACGGCGGCCUGCCCUUCCCCGCCCCGGCCCUCGCGUCGCCGCUCGCCGCCGUCGACCCCGACCGCCGGCUGCUCGACCUCGGCGGCAGCUUCAGCUCGCUGAUCGCCGCCGCGCCCCCGCUGGACGUCGGCGCCCACUUCUCCGCGGGGUUCCUGGUCGGCGGCCUCGCUCCUGCCCUGGCUCACUCGCCGGCUGCUGCUGCUGCUCUUCCACCGCCGCCGCCGCCGCCUCAGCAGGUACCCCAGGCGCUGCCGGAGGGCCUGAUCUGGAGCAUGGGGUGGCCGGACCUGUCCAUCUAGGCUGGAGCUUCACCUCUCCCCCGGCGGCGCGCCCCGUGCAACGUCGAUCGGUGCCCCGACCAACGACUACUGCUCGAUCGUCUCUAAUCUAGCCUUCUCUUUUAGCCGUUUCUUUGUUAACAGUAGACUGUAGUGCUGCAUCCAGGUUAUCUUUUUUGGGAGCCCAAGUGGUUUAGGGAUCAGGAAAGAGAGCUGUUCUUGGGGUAGUUCAGGAAAGAACUGUGAGUCUGUGAGAAUGAUCUGAGGAUGUGAAUCUCUGCAUGCUCGUUUGCCUGCAUGGGAACCUGCAAUGCAUGACCAAUCGACGCUCCUACCAUCUUACAUGAGCGGAUUGUUUUUUUGGGGAACCAAUGAGCUGGUUGUUGCAGUGCUUGUUCUAGAAUGAAUCUCCUUGUUUGUCA